UCGCCUCUGGAAGUCCGUUGGUCCUGGUUCGACCUGGUUCGACGCGCCAUAACCGUCUCUGUGCCCUCUUAACGUUCAAUUACGGCGAAAAGUUGGUAGCCGAGCACUUCGAAACGCUGCAUUCGCCUACCGCACUUACCAUUAAACCACGCUUCACUUCAGGUCGCCGGAACGAGCGCGAUGUCUUCGCACUUUUCUCCCCGCCAGGACACCGAAAGUGCCGCGAGUCGCAACGACAACGCGCCAAGGAUGUCCUUGCUGGCGCAGUUCGAUGAUUUCUGUCGCCGGGUUGCUGACGACGACGACGAAGUACUGAGCACCAUAGUGGAAUUCGUGAGGAACCAGGAAGCGUGCAGGCAGCGUUGGGAAGCAGCGGAACAGUGCUGCAGCAGACUGGCAGAAGCGAAUGAGUCCCAGGCUCUGGUGAACUCGGAGCUAGAAGCAAAGCUGCGAUACACGAGAGAUGUGCUCGAAAGGGAGGUUCAAAGAAGGCUGAAAUGCGAAGCUCACUUGAGAGCUCUGCAAGCUCAACUGCAUCAGAUUCGCUGCUGUGUCUUUGGCCAAAGCUUCCAGAACAGAGACCGCAUGGUCACAGUCUUGAAAAGUGUCCUGAGUCAGGAUAACUUUGCGAGCACCAUGGACGACAAUUCGGCGCAGUCCCUGCUGUCGCCAACAGGAACCAGCCUCUUAAGCGGGGCACAUCACAGUGGGGAGAUGGCUUCGAGGGACAUUGGCGGGGAGGCUCACCGCAUGCUGCUCGACUCGGUUCCUCUUCCAUGGAGACCUGCUGAGACUGGUGGCACUGAGCCGGACCAUUACAAGUCUAUCCCGACGAAGUCCCCUGGCACUCCCCGUUCCAAGCGUGCUGCUGCUGCUGCUGCUGCUGAACAGAGUACUCCUAGACUUGGCCCUGCUCCUGCCAAGGUUCACUUUGAGGCCGACAGCUCAUGUGACGAGGAGGAUCGUCUGGACAAGGUGCUGGCUACAUGCGCGUACUUCGCCACUGAAGUGGUGGCAGCGUUCGACAUCAUUCGCCGUCGUAUCAGCCACAUGGAGGGAACCGGGCUGUUGAACCUGGACAGUUUUGAUAAGACCGAGACUAGCGUCUUCAACCUCUCAGACUCCCAAAAGACGAGCGUUUCCAACCGUUCCUGCGAGACCGGCGGGCGUGGCGAGGUGUUUGCCACAACAAUGACCGUGGUGGCGGGCGAGCCUGGCUACGUAGCGACCGUCGCAUCCCAGAUGGAGGGCAACAUCGGCAGCAGAAGCACGUCUCGGCAACGAUUUCCGCGCAGUCACAGCGGACCGGCCCUGCUUGUUCAGCACUCCUCCCAGAAAGCGGCAGAUAAGGGGCCAUCUGUUGUGCAUUCAUCGACCUUUUCGCUGGACAAGAGUGUCGUGGAGGAAGAGUCCGGCUUUGUCUCGAGGCUGCAACGCAUGGGGCCCCUCAACCGUAGCACGCCCAUCUCCGAGGCAUCGCAGCAGCACACCUUUGUCAGCCAGCCCGCUGUCAACCCUGAGAACUGCGCCGGAUGCGACAAACGUAUUCGCUUCUACAAGGCCUCCUACCGGUGUGAUGUUUGUGGGGUCGUCUGCCACCCGGAGUGCGAGAGCCUCGUACCACUUCCCUGUGGUCUUCGAGCGUCACCUCAAGGGGCCAGGGGCGCAAGCAGCGGCGCAGGUGUACUGGCCGACUACGCGCCCUCAGAGCCACCCUUCGUGCCACCUCUGGUGGUGCACUGUAUUCGGGAAGUGGAGCGGAGGUGCAUCCAUGAGAGGGGCCCACUCUACGGCUCGGCGGCGCCACCCGAGGAAGUGGACGCGCUGCUCGGACAGUUGCUGAGUGGCCGUGACUUGCCCGUCCUCAGCGAACAUAGCCUGCCAGUGGUGUGCGGGUCUCUGAUGAAAUUCCUGGCUACCCUGCGCGAAACAGUCAUCACCAAGUCUAUUUGGCCUGUGCUGGCUAAGGCGGCUGUGACUGGGGACGACGACAAGGAGAACCGCAUAUGGAAGUUCUUGGAUGCCACGCGCCAGUUGCCGGCCGCCAACCGCGCUGUGCUGUCGAUGCUACUGGUGCACCUGCACGGCGUGUCAAACACGUCGCUUGGCGGCGACGGCCGAUCUCUCGAUGAGCUGGCCGCCGUGUUUGCGCCCGUCUUGGUGGGCUGCUCCACGAGCAGCCCCAGCGUCGAGGCACAGGAGAAGGACAGACGCCUGCAGGAUCUGGUGAGGUUGUUGUGUGCCAUGUUUUAA